AUGCCAAAGCUCUUUGUUCACAAAGACUAUGUCGAUGAUGAAGUGGCCAAGUUGAGGCAUGAGCUGAACGAACUCAAGUCUCAUGUGCACAAAACACUGCAGUGGCACUGUGCCACAACCGUUGACAUUGGCGAGGAGCAAAACACUGAUAAGACUCAGACUGGGACAGAAUCCGAGACGAGCGUCAAGACUGGGUUCUCCCUGGCAGUGGACGCCGAUGAGAAAACUCGCACGACAUGGACGUCGAAUGCCAGCCUAGCGGAUGAGGACAUCACUUUUCAGAAGCGGAGUGCUUGGAGCAUUCCGCUUGUUCUCAACUGGAGCAAUUUGUCUGAAAGCAUAUUUGCCAGCCUACUUCUUAUACUGAAUGUUACCACUCAGCUCCUCCUGACCAUUGUCCUCGUUUCGCCAGGGUUUAUCGGUGAAGACUUUUUCAAGAAACUGGAGAGCGCGCGCAAUUGGCGCAGGAGUUUUGCUCACGACAUCAAGUAUGCCAGCAUGUCAGACAGGAGCUUAGCAACAAUGGUGUGUGAUGAGGACGGGUCCCUCAUAUUCUCAACGGCCCAGGCUGGUCUGGUUGCUGAGAUCAACAGCUACCUUGGUCUUUCCAAGUCUGGGGAUGGUGCAUUUCAGCUGCCCUACUUUCAGCCAGGAGUCAUGCUAUCAGUGCUCUGCAUUCUGCUCUGGGCAAUCUGCAUUGGCCGGGAGCUACGGAACGUGUGGUCCGUUGCCCGUGCCCUACGCUACACCGGUCACUUGGGUGGCACUUGGCAGGACCUGCCUUGGCAGCGGGCUCUGUCCAUGGCGGUGGUUUGCCUCAGCCGAACGGCGGUGGCUGUGGCCCUACUCAUCUCUGGCAGUAUGUGGCUGGCGCGCACCACCUCCAUCACAGAGCUGAUGCUGAACUGCGUCGCCUUGGAGGCGGUUUUGCACGUGGACGAGUUUAUCUUUACUGCCCUGGUGCCCACGAAUCUGCAGCAGCUGAUUCGGACUCUGCCUCCUGUGAAGAUCCCCAAGGGCCGUAGAUGGCCCCUGGUGGAGAACUGCAUUCUGUUUUUGGGACUUACAGCAGCACUUGUGCUGCCUUACAGUCUGCUCCACGCACCUCUCUCAAAGACGAUGGUUGCGGUAAAAAUGGAGCUUUGCGCAGGAAACCUAGAGUUUGUCAUGGGCGUGAAAGAUGACCUCGUUCGGGUGGUUCCCACCAGAACAAGCGUGAGUGACUUGCCAGAAAUGACCUACAUCGAGACAGCCGUGCUCGAAUAUGCCUUCCCUUCGAAAGUCAAAAAGCCCGUGGCUGUGCCCAUAGAGGAGCUGGACGUUACUCGCACGUAUGAGCUGCUUAGCCAAGGUUACGGUGUCUGGAAGCGCGAGAGGGACAUUUGCCGUCAGCACAAUGAGAAUGGGACGAACUUCAGCGCGUAUUUGGCGAGCGCUGCAUUUGCCGUUGGCAUGCCAGGAGCCACCAGCUGUGAAGAGCUGAAGUUUUACUGCAGUGACUCAGCCCCUGCCAAAUGGAUCUUUUCCAACGCCGCGCUAUGGCUACGCCUGGCUUGUCCCAGGACCUGCGGCUGCACCACGCCCUUGGCGUCACCGGUUGUGAGGACCCCGCGAUGGGGGUGCCAGUCGGCUUGCAUUCAAGAAUCCUUUGGCUUUGGCCUAUCCCGCGACAGUCCCUUUGUCGGGCAAGUCCCCAACUUCACUCUUGGAUGCAAAGACGUAUCUCCUGGUACACCCGGCUUUGAGGGCCUUCAGCAUUUUUGGGACCACUUCGUGACGCUUUCCUCUAUUCACAACGCCUACGACUACUCCCAGCAGCAGAGCGUUGUUGAGUUUGCUGCUUGGGCCAGAGAAGUAGGCUGCCCGGCUAUAGCUUAUCAGCCUGUAGACCUCAUGGGUAACCUGGCAUGCAGAGGCAGCUCCAAGUAUUUGCCUCUGGCAUGGUUCUGUCCGCAGACUUGCGGCUGUGCGACCUCUCGCAAUACUGAGCGGGACUACUUCUGCUUCGCCUAUGACUACUGCCCCAUGCACGUGUUGCCUGAUGAGGAGCCAGCGGCCUGGCAGCUGAUUUUGAAGCACGACUUGCUGGAGACCCUGAUGAAUCCGGAUCUGUUGUCUUACCAGACUGAAGACUGA